AUGAAGCAACUUUAUCUUGUUCUAUUAUUUUUGUUUCCUAUUAUAGUUGUUUCUUUUAAUGGAGGCUCCAGCCCAUUUGCUGCAGCUGCUUCCGAUGAUGAUGAUGUAGAUGAUGAUGUCGAUGUUGAAGGUGAUGGAGAAGAUACAUCUAUGACUGACGAAGGAGGAGAUGAUGAAGAUGGAACACAAUCUGGUGCUUCUCCAGAUGCUCUUACAACUCUUUUGUUUACAAAACCUUCUUCAGCUUCUACUGCUGUUGAAUUACCCGCUGGACAAAUUAUAGAAUUUCUCGUUGGAUUUCAUAACAAGGGAAAACAAGAUUUUAUUGUUGAAACUCUUGAUGCAUCAUUUAGAUAUCCAAUGGAUUACAGUUUUUACAUUCAAAACUUUUCUAUGAUUGCUUACAAUAGAAUAGUAAAACCAACUCAUGAAGCAACUUUAGCUUAUUCAUUUAUGACUCCUGAAUCUUUUGCUGGAAGACCAUUCGGGCUAAAUAUUCAUUUAAGUUAUAGGGAUUUUGAAGGAAACGCUUUUAGUGAAUCCGUCUUCAAUGAAACUGUUAACAUAAUUGAAAUCGAAGAAGCAUUAGACUGUGAGACAUUGUUUUUAUAUGUCUUUUUAGCUGCUCUCGUUGUUUUACUUUUGGUCAUAGGUCAAUAUUUCUUAGUUUCUGUCGGUAAGAAACGUGUAGGAAAGAAACCUGUUGUCGAAACUGGUACCACUAAUCCCAAUGAUGUCGACUAUGAAUGGCUGCCAAAAGAAAUGCUUAGCACAUUGAACAAAAUGAGUCCCAAAUCAUCUCCCAGAGGAGGUUUAAAUCACAGAAGUCCUAAAACUAAUAAUAAUAAAUAUCCAAAUUCUAAAUCAUCAUUACAACAAAGUCCAAAUCAAGGAAAAUCUAAAAAAGUAACAAAAGCUAAAGGCUGGACCUCGCUUCUGUAA